GCCAUGUAUCAGCGAAACAUGUACCCUUCAAUGGGCGCGCUGCGGCGCACCUUAGCUGCAGAUGUUGCAGCGACACCAAAAUGCUCGUCGAGGGCCUUCAGCGUCUCCGCGCACCAGUUCGGGGAGGCCAACGAUGCAGCGCCCUCCGCUCCUGCCCCAUCGAACCCCGACUCCCGCAAAGCCCGCUCCGCCAACGCCCUCAACCAGAUCACCCGCCUCGGAGCGAACCGCCGUAUCCAGCCCGGAGGCCUUGCGAAGGGCAACUUCCCCAGCGGUCAGACAUCCGGUCAGGCUGCACGAGGCCCUCCUCGAGUACGGUAUGAGGGCGGUCUGAAGAUCACCAGGGAGAUGGUUGGGCCGGGUGGACCUAAAACCGGUGCGCCACCGCCAGGAGCUAUGGUUCGCGCUCCCGCCCAAUUGAAGCUCUCGCGCAAUACCGGACGACCAGGUAAUGCAACAGCAGGAGGCAGGCGCGGCCCCAACCUUCGUGGACGUGAUGGCAAGCCUGGCGGUAGCGGUAGCCGGGAGCAGGGGCCGAAGAGGCGCGAGAGGAAGAGCGGCGACGACGGCGACAAGAAGAUCAACGCGGCCGACGUAAAAUUCGAGAGCACACUUUCAGACGGCAUGGUGCAGCACCUGCUGCGACUGCAGAGAGGCGAGUGGGACCGCAAGCCAUACGAGCCUAAGUACGCGCCUGGGGGGUUUGAGGCGAACCAACUGAUACACGCUGGGAGAGAGCUGUUCCGUGGCGAGGCACCGCCGGUGAAGAUCUGGGGAAUGCUGGAGAAGCGGAUAGGCGUAGUUGGCAUGCACAACGCGGAAGCACACCUGAAGGUCAGGCGGGUGACAGACCUGGACGACGAGUCGCUGGGUGAGAGGAGACAACACUUUGAGACAGGCGAGGUUGAAGUAAAGGCAAAGGCGCCAGAGCCCAGCAAGGCGGCCACAAAGGCUCCUGUUGCGAAGGCUCUUGCCACGAAAGCUCCCGCCGCAAACGCACCCGCAGCAGUCGCGCAGGCGGCAGCAGCGAAGGUCCCAGCGCCAAAGCAGGCAACUGUUGUACAAUAGGGGAAGCAGUAAGAGCAGGGUGUACGAGGAUUGUAGAUUAAGCGCAGCAAUUGUACCAUCAUCAACACAGGCAUGGUCCCUCCCAGCACCACACCAGCGUUUACACACUAAUG